AAAGAUGAUCUGAAUAUAUGGCAACCCCCGAGCAGUGAAUAUGUGCCAAAAGAGACGCAAACAGCAGAACAGACGGCUGCCCUCCACGAGGCCAAACUAAUGCCCAUAAAAAAUAAACAAUAAACAAAUACGAUCGAAGAAAUUGUUUUCGACGUGCGUAGUGUGCUUGUGCGAUAGAGUGUUUGCUUACGCUUCAGCUCUAGACGGUUAAGGAAAAUAAUUAGCAAAGAAUUAAAAGCAAAGGCAGCCCUUCGUGUGUGAUUUUUGCCAUCGAUAGCGGGAGCUAAAAAAAAGCGCGGCGCGAAAAGCGCUCAAGUCAUAAAUAUUGGGGCUAAUCAGAUGGCCGGAGGAGAGUCGCUGCGCUAAUUAGGAGUGCUACAUGUGCAACGUAUAACUGUCGGCUGACCGGAUCGCAGAAACAUAGGUUCCGCGGAAGCAGAAGCAGAGGCGACGCAAUAUGUUGGGGCGACAUCGCUGCCGGCACAAGAAGCUAAAGAGGAAAAUCGAAAAAUAGAGUUCAGAUCGCUUUUCAAGAACCCCGAACAUGCUGUCCAGCCACAUGUUGCUGGGCGCCAGCCUCAUGUUGCUGGCACUGCACUUUCCCAGCGCCGAAUUAAAACCGGAGCACGAAUGCACCAGCAUCGACAUACGGAACGAGUGCAACCAGAUGCACCUGCUGGACAACUGCACCGUGGUCACCGGCUACGUGAUGAUCACGCUGAUCGCCAGCGAACAGCACUGCAACUUCUCGGAGUACACGUUCCCACUCCUCACCGAGAUCACCGAGUUCAUGAUCUUCACCGAGGUGCGCGGCCUGACCCACAUCACGAAGAUGUUCCCGGCCCUGACCGUCAUCCGGGGACGCCGCCUGUUCCUCAACUACGCCCUCGGCGUGACCAACAUGUACGACCUUGAGGAGUUAGCCUUCCCGCAAUUGGUGGCCAUACAACGCGGACAAGUCUACAUCGGCAACAGUCCGAAGCUGUGCAACAUUGACCAAGUAAAUUGGGAUCUGCUGACCCUCAGCAGUGGCGAGAACCACGUGACGAUGGUCAGUAAAAGCUGCAGUACACCCAUGUGCUCUGGGUGUAGUUCCUCCCAUUGCUGGUCGAACGUCUACUGCCAGCGAUCCCUCAACGACAACGUCGGAAAUUCUAGUAUCAAAAUUGAAAACUGCCAUGAGGAUUGCCUGGGCGGCUGUAAGCAAGUGAUGUCCGCUGCUAACUGCACCGCCUGCCGUGGACUCAGCGAUGCCGGUGUCUGCGUAAAGAGCUGUCCGAAAGACAAGUAUAUCAUGGAGCAUUUUCAGCGAUGCUAUACCAGGGAUGAGUGUGUGACCAAGCACGGCUAUGUCAUAUCCGGAUCACAGUGCGUGGCCUUCUGUCCCAGCGGCUACAGGACGGACAACCAAUCCGAGUGCGUGCUCUGUGGUCCCGAGGAGGCUUGCAUCAGCUUCUGCACUCCGGAAUAUCCCGGGAAUACGUUCCACAUUUACAACCUGGCCGAUGCGGAGAAAUUGCGUGGCUGCCAGAUCUACAACGGCAGCUUGGUCAUCACCAUUCGCAACAAGGUGAACGAAACGGAGCUGUACCAGAGCUUCACCGCUAUCCGCGAGGUUCGGGGUCACGUGAAAGUCUAUCGGUCCUCCCAACUGCGAAGUUUGAAUUUCCUGCGCAAUCUGGAGCGCGUACACGGUGAUCCGCCAGAGAAUCGCCACUACUCAUUCAUACUCUACGACAACAAACAGCUGGCCGAGCUGUGGAAGCCCGCCCGCAAACUGGAGCUUAUGGAGGGCGGCAUGUUCAUGCAUCGCAACAACAAGCUGUGCAACCGUCGGAUGCGCGAAUUCCAGAGCGUUGUUACCCACGACAAAGCCCUGGACUCUCUGCAGACCAACGACCAGGAGGUCCAGUGCAGUCCCCUAAAGAUGCAGCUGUUUGUGCAGAAACGCACCCAUCGGACUGCGAAGCUGAGCUGGCUUAAGUCUCAAACCAGCCAGAGGCUCGAGCUGAUCCACCGACCUCUGCCGCCGGGGCAGUGGUACCACGAGGAGAGUGAACUGGAAGCCCCGAUAUGUACACGAAUCAACUGGAAACGACGACUGCUCUUCCCCGACGAUCUGGUCGAUAAUGGCACCCACUAUCUCUUCCAGCUAGAGGAUCUUCAGCCGGACACUAGGUACGCCUGCCUGCUGCGAACUUUCGGCGAUGAGCUGGCCCAGGAGGCGCGCAGCGAUCUGAUCUACUUUCAGACAGAGUUGGAUAUUCCGAAGCCACCGCUGUUAGAACUGGUCAAGAAGACCGACAGUUCGUUGACCGUGCGAAUGGCCAGUCACGACCACGACAGCUUCCUGCUUACGGUCUUCAAACUGGAGGACGAUCAGAAGUAUAUAGAGCAGCGGAACUACUGCCACCAGCUGUCGUUCGUGUGGCGGGACAUGGACGGCCCGAACUGGACAGGGUUCGAGGACUACGAGGACUGCUGUGCCCACAAGGCGGAGCAAUUGGACGACUCUCGCUUCAUUGCCAAUAUGCGGGAGCAGUACCGCUGCACUUUGGAUGAUCGCCAGCAGUGCCGCCGAAUUUCACUAGCCGAGGCCACUCUACCGCAGCUCCGGCUGCCGAGAAACACUACCCAGUACGAAAUUAACUCAUUACCUCGCUAUCGCUUGUAUGAACUGCAGUUGCAGGCCUGCAAUUCACUGGGAUGCAGCAGCCACACAACGCUCUACGGACGCACAAACUACACACUGGGUGCUAAUCUCCUCACCCAGCUGCAUGCGUGCCACAUUCGGGAGACGGAUAAGUACGUCCUGCGCUUCGAAGAGCCCGCGAAUCCCAAUGGUCUGGUGACCAACUAUGUAAUCCAUUACCGUAACAAAUUUAACCAGACCCACGUCGGAUGUGUCACGAGGAAGGAUCACCAGAAAGCGGGCUACGUGUACGUCAAGCGGCUGAAUAUCACCUAUACCGAGUGCGCUGUACGGGUUCACUCCUUGGCCGGGGAUGAGAUGACGCCCUACAUGUCAAUUAUUCAGUGCAGCGAGGAUGAUCAGCGGCAGUUUGCCCACAGCCGAGAGGCCAAGGAACUGGCCCCAGAACACUCAGAGCUGCCAGUCACAGCGUCGCACGCUCGCGGCAUUAGCAUAUUCCUGAUCUGCUUCCUUUUAGGGUGCAGUGCAUCUCUGGUUUGGGUUCUUUACAAGCGACGCUGCUGGAAGAGAAUACCAGGACUCAGGCGCUAUGUGCCCGUGCGGGAGCAGUGGCUGCUGGACCGGCAGCAGACAGAGGAUCGCGAAAUUCUUGUCGACGGCUUCGAGACGGUUCGUUUCCAGAACAACAACGACAGCCAGGCGGACGAUUAUCCCAUGUAAACGAUAAUAUAUGUAUGUGAACCUA